AUGGCGCAGGUCCAGAAGAAGACUGCCACUAUGUCCCUGACCAUCUCCUCGUGCUCCAGAGAGACCUACUCCUCGUCCUCGUCCUCCUCCUCCGCCACUGUGGUCCAGCAGAGGCACUCCACUCUGGUCCAGCCCCUCUGCAUCAGUCCACAGAGAACACAGAGCCCAUCACAGUACUCUGGGAGUGGAGUGGCCCCGACAUUUGUCAAGAGUCUUCAUGACGUCUGUACGGUGAAAGGGCAGCUGGUGGUCCUGGAGUGUCGUAUCAGGGGGACACCACCACUGCAGGUGACGUGGUACCGUGAGAACGAGCAGAUUGUGGACUCGGCCGAUUUUCGAAUCCUUAGAAAGAAGGCUAGUUCUACAUCUGUUCCUGAGGAGUUGUGCACCUUGGUCAUCACAGAGGCCUACCCUGAGGAUUCUGGAAUCUUUAAAUGCAUAGCUUCAAACCAGUUUGGGACAGUGUCUUGCAGUGCUUUAUUGGAGGUGUACACAGAUAUUGAUGAAGUUUUGGGAGAUGAUGACAUAUCUGCCUCUGCUUCGGCCUCUGGAGGGUCAACAGAGCCAGGGCAGGAUGAUUUCCCAUCUCUGCUGCAGGAUGCAGCUGGGAUUCCCCCUCCAGAGUGGCCAGACAGUCCUGAGGAGGAGACAUCACCCACCUUGGAGGACUCUCCUAAAUUGGCACCAACCAGUGAAAAAGAGGAGAAACCAGAAAACGCUGCUAUUGAGAGCAACUUCAGUUCUGAGCGUCAAAAGUCUCCAGAAGCCCCUCGCACCCCUCCUCUAAAGGAGAUCAAAAACAGUGUGCCUAAACCGUUCACCCUCGCCAGCAAGCUGAGUAACCUAACACAACCCAGCAGCAGCAGCAGCAUGAGUGUUGCUGACCUCCCCACCUUCUCGCCCUCACUCUACCCACCCAGUGCCUUCAACUACGAACGCCCCCGCCAUUUCAUCCAGUCCCAGCCCCACUUCAAGGCCCCAAGUUAUGACAGUGUGCAGUCCAAUGGAAACAGCAAACCCUCUUCCACCUCCUCCAACCUGAGCUCUCCCCUUUCUACCCCAGCGUCAUCUGUGAGCCCAUCUCAGCCAGUGCCCCCUCGUGCCCCUAUGCGUUCCAGCGUCACUCUUAUCCCCAGGGUUCCCAGUGCACAGUCCAAUGACAAGCGAUCAUCGCCAGCAGCUUUUCUCUGUUCCGUCCUACCUUCACAACCAAGCUCCCAGGCUAAAUGUAUCUCUGUUCCUCUACCCCGGUCCCCGUCCCCUAGGUGCUCCCCAACACCCCCCAGCCCUUUGCCCAAGCCCUCAGAACCAGCUGUGCUACCAGCUCUGCUACCAACUAUUCAGCCAGCAAAUCAUGCACCACCAUCCCCAACUCCACCUCAGAUGUCACCAAGGUCCCCGAAGACUCCGGUUCCCCCUCCACAGACCUCAUUUGUCUCCAUGCCUGUGAACUAUAAGGGGGCUCCCAACACCUUGCCAAAACCAAUCUUGAAGAAGACUGUGUCCCGGCCAGUCUCACGCUCCACAGAUGAGGAGAUUCAGGGCUCAAAAGAUGCCCUAAUACAAGACCUCGAGAAGAAGCUACGCAGCAAAGAGGCUCGGCGGAGGAGUAGUCAGAAGCUGUCCUAUGAGGAACGCAUGGCUCGGAGGUUGCUGGGUCCAGAUAAUGCUGCCUCGGUCUUUGAUCUUGAGAGUUCCUCCGACUCACAACCUGAGCAGCCAGAUUCUCCUGAGGGACGCCACACAGGAGGAAUAUGCCACUACCUCUGCAUCAGCAAACAUCUCUCUGGAGGAGACAGUAGUGAAGCGUCAACCAUUCAGGAAAAGUGCUAUGCCCCUCGGUUCCUCCAGGUGCCUGAGGAUCUUACUGUGGAGGAGGGCCGUUUCUGCAGGAUUGACUUUAAGGUUGGAGGUUUACCAACCCCAGAUGUGUCCUGGUACCUGGAUGGGAAAGCCAUUCGCCCAGAUGACUACCAUAAGAUGCUGGUGUCUGAGAAGGGUGUUCACUCUUUCAUUAUAGAGAUUGUGACAGUGCACCAUGCAGGCGUGUACGAGUGUGUAGCAAAGAACCGCGCUGGCGAGAGUCGAUUCUCCUUGCGUCUGGAUGUAAUUGCUCAGGAAGUGCUGCGUCCUCCUACCUUUGUGGUGAAGAUGCAGAACUGUCGUGUGCUUGAGGGCGACACAGUGAGGUUAGAGUGUAAGGUGGCAGCGUCCCCACCUCCUCAACUCUACUGGAAGAAAGACAAGGAAAUGCUGCGCAUUGAUCCUACCAGAAUGAGUCUGACACAGGAUAGCUCUGGACGCCAGUGUCUGUUGAUUGAAAGGGUGGUGAAAUCAGACGCAGGCUGGUACACUGUGUCUGCCAUCAAUGAGGCUGGUAUGUCCACCUGCAAUGCCAGAUUGGAUGUCGGAACUCGUUUGAACAAGACUACCCCUGCUGCCAAGCCACUGAAAAUGCUGCCCAUCAUUAACCAGUUCUCUGCCCUUGGCUCUGACAGCAGUCCACGACACACUGCCCCUCUCUACGAGAGUGAAGAGUUAUAG